CCAGUGCUGUUGUGGUCUUUGUGCUCCGGUUUGAUUGUGUUGUCAUGUUUUGUGUAACAUUGUAACGUUCAGCUGGAACACUGCUGAGUUUUCUCCUCUCCCGGCGGAAGUGGUUGGUGGAAGCGCUACAGGACUCCAGCAGCUAGCAGGCUAGGGCGUUGCUAGCGGCAGAAAGUGGAAUUUGUGGUACCUUUUACCAAGUUGUGUCCUCGCACGAAUAACGCCCGGCGUUCGGAAAAACAGCGUGUGGUGUUCCCCCGGAGUUCUGAGCCUCCCGUGCGGUGUUUUUUCGUCGUGCUUCUCGGAGGACGGCUGUUACUUUCUGUCCCGUUAGCUGGCCACGGAGCUAGCCUGCUUUCCAUCCACGGGAAUUCUGCCGAGAAACGACCGAAUCGUGGAAACAUGGAGUCAAGGAGCGCUGCGCCGCGGAGCUAACCGACUUCCCCCGGACUCCCUCCUGCUCGAGGAGACGCGUUUUUCUUUUCUUUUACCGAAGGACACAACACGGGGACACGUCGGAAGCCGGGCGAACAUUGAUGCGGGCUUGUGUACAUGUAUGUUUCGGUGGUCGGCCGGUUCAUUGUUGUGAACGGGAGUUCGCUUAGUUUGCACACGAAGCAAAGUUUUCUGCUGAAAGAGCUCAUCUGUUUUGUUAGCUGCUAGCUGGCGAUACUCAGCCGCGGCCAGCUCCCCGCGAGAACCGCUCUCUCACAAGCGAAUGGGCUCUUUUAUUUCCCUUUUUUAUUAAAUACACAAUUUAAUCGGUUUCGGGUUUUUUUCAAUCCAGCGUCUCGCGCAUUGUGUAAAAAAAAAAAUAUAUAUCAAAAAACCGGGUCGUUUUCCUCUCGGGUGUCGAGCGAUUCUCCUGGUCACGGGAGACUCGUCCCCGCAGCCGCAGCAGACCUCCGGGAGCCGGGGACACCAAAUGGGACUGGAGGAAUUCCCAGCAUCUUCGGAGAUCAUCUAGGCACCGAGGCCAGUCAGCCCGAGCAGGGGUGGUGGCAGCCGGGACUCCGUCGCAGGGCCACGGUGUCUGUUUCACUGGGAACACAGAUUUGUUUACACGCUCCACAUCGGCAGGACAUUUUCGAGAGACGUGGAGGCUGAAGGGAUUCACACGAGGAGUUCGUACAUGCACGACAAACUUGUGCCAGCCGGAAGCAGUGUGCGUUCGUUGUUGUUGCUAAAAUAUAGUUGGAUGCCGGGGUUGUGAUAUCAUCUGACUGUACAAGCUACUACGACAGAGGCCCCGGUUCAUGUUUUAAGCUCUGCACUGUCGAUUCCUCGCUGCUACCCGAUUUUUGGGGGGUUAGGGUUUUUGCCCAGGAGUAUUGAUCGAUAUAUUCCGUAUAGGUAGCGUCAGUAUUUGGACUGCAACAACAACAACAACAACAACAACCCAAACAGUCUCCUCAGAUUAAUUUAUUAUCAGCACCGUCUUAUAUUUUCCACAAAAUCCCUGCCUACUUCAGACGAAUGCCACAGAGAAGGACGCUGCAGGGAAAUCGCCUCAUCGCACUCUGGAAAAUGUUAAAAGGAUAUAAUUUGCUGCAAAUCUAGAACCGGAAGCCCAAUGAGUGACACACAGUCCAGCUUCACUGACAGGUUUCCCAAGAAAGCAAAUAGAACCAGCAGCAUUCUCAGUAAAGACCAUCCCCCAGACAAGAAGCCCAGAAGUGACAAAACCUCACUUCCCUCCAAUGAGUUUGACCCUACAGAAGCUCUGGUGGUGCAGAAGAGUGGCAGCAGCAGUGUGCUAGCAGAGGGGAAGCCUGAGUCCUGUGGUCUGGUCCAGCGAUGUGUAAUCAUCCAGAAAGAUGAAAAUGGCUUCGGGCUCACUGUCAGUGGUGACAACCCAGUGUUUGUGCAGCUUGUCAAAGAAGAUGGGGCUGCAAUGCGGGCAGGUGUUCAGACAGGAGACAGGAUCAUCAAGGUCAAUGGGACCCUUGUAACACAUUCUAACCACAUUGAAGUGGUGAAGCUAAUCAAAUCGGGCUCCUAUGUGGCCCUCACAGUGCUGGGGCGCCCUCCAGGGCUCGCCCAGAUCCCUUUGUCGGAGGCAGAGUCUGAAAUGUUGGGUGUUAGCAUUUCCUCUCCAAACUCCCCAGCAUCAGAACGCCCCUACAGUCCUCAGGACCGCCUCUCUUCACAACCACCAUGGGCUAUGAAGGAGGAGUACAGCAAGAACCCCUCCCCCAAACUACUGAAAGACAUCCUGGAAGCUAAAAAACACAUUCCUCAGCUGCAGGGUCAGCUCUUCAAGGCCACUCGGGCAACACAGGAGGGGGUUCCAGGUGGUGAUGCAGAUUAUGGUAGCAUGUUUGUGUCCGAGCACACUCUCACCUCAAAGGGAGACAACAACACAGACAUGUCCUGGAGCAGCACGCCUUUAUCCCACAGAUUUGGGCCUGGAUCUCCAGAAGUUUUAUUCCCAAGAGAGACAUCCAGCUCCAGCCCAAAGUGCACACCCAGGAACAGCUUCAACUCCUGCCACUCCCCAGAUGCAGCGGACACCACUGACCUGGACUCUCUGUCCCCCACCACAGUCAGCAGUCCUUCCUCCUCUCGCCUCGUCUCACAAAUCAUUGGAGCUGAGGACGACUAUUUUGAUUCGGACCAGGAACAGACAAACGGCCAGUGUCACAACUUUAACAGCAUCGAGCAGCUCAAGUCUCGACCCGCCCACCUCACAGCCUUCCUUCACCAUGUCAUCUCUCAGUUUGACCCUGCUCCUGUGCUUUGCUACCUCUAUGCUGACCUCUACAAGCAGACCAACUCCAAAGAGACCAGACGGGUGUUCAUGGACCUCCACACCUUCUUCAUAGACCGAGGAGCUAAUUUGAAAGUUGCUAUCCCUGAAUCUAUCUCUUCUGACCUCGAUCGACGGCGGACAGAACUGAUCCCAGAGGAAAUAAACAGGCAACACGUUCAAACACUGCAGGACUCUCUGCUCCCUGACAUUCAGAAGAACCUUGAGGAUUUCAGGCAGAAGCGCAGUAUGGGUCUAACAGUGGCUGCAGCUGAAUUGGCGAGACUGGACCAAGAGGGAGUCAGAGACCGGGUCACUCUGGAGAGAGAGCGCUCAUAUGCCGAAAGCAUCAUCACCAAGAUAGAGGAUAUCCUCUUAACUACUCAGACCACAGAGGAAGAGAAAUGCACUACCAUGCAGUAUGUCAUCUAUACAUACAUGAAGCACCUUGGUGUGAGGGUCAAGGAACCUCGCAGUCUGGAGUCCAAACGGGUCCGGAUCAACUUUCUCCCCAAGAUCAAGAAAAGCAUAAAGUCAGAAAAGGAUGGAGGAGAAGAGAAGGUGAAGAAACCCAGAUUUCCCAGCAUCCUUGGUCCUCAGCGGCGGCCCAGCCGCAUCGAAGCGGCAUCUGUGGGUAAAGCCUUGGAUGGUCGCCCACGACCUCAGAAACAAUUGUCUCAGCCUUCACUGGGGGCCAGCGACCACACAGAAACUGGUCGUUUAAGAUGCAGCCAAUCAAGUGAGGGCUCUGAGCUCACACACUCCAUGUCUGUCAACACCUCAUCCCCAAACAGCACCACCUACAGCUCAGACACGAGCCGAGACGCUGAAAUGGGUGGAACUCCGACCUCAGGCCCCCACAGGCUGAGUGACGGCCUUCAGACUGACCCUCUGGACGGGCUGCCAUACCCUGCUUCGCACUUUGACCUUUACAAUCUGGACCAACUGCAAGAGGACGACAGAGAGAGUGACAGAGCUCACGAGGGAACACCAAAGGCCAUAAGAAGGCUUGAGGGACUGGGUGCAGCCGAUGUCCAGAGUGAAGACGACCAGGGAACAGACUCUGAGCACGACCCCCCAAACUGGCAGCAGCUGGUGGGGCGAGAAAUCCUAGCGGGUCUCCGGCCUCAUGAAAUCAAGAGGCAGGAAGUUAUCAAUGAGCUGUUUUACACGGAGCGUGCACACGUGCGGAUGCUGAGAGUUUUGGACCUCGUUUUCUACCAGAAGCUUUCCAAAGAGACAAUCCUGCCUCCUGCUGACAUCAAGAACAUCUUCACCAACCUGGAGGAGAUUCUGCAGCUGCAUGCUUCAAUACUGGAGCAAAUGGCAGCCGUGCGGAAGAGAAAUGAGUCCUCAGUAAUUGAUCAGAUAGGAGACGACUUGCUCUCCUGGUUCAGUGGCGGGGAGGAGAAGAUCAAGCAGGCGGUGGGGACGUUCUGCAGUAACCAGCCUUUCGCUCUGGAGAUCAUUAAGACCAAGCAGAAGAAAGACUCCAGGUUCACUUCGUUCAUCCAGGAGGCAGAGAGUAACAGACUGUGUCGCAGACUGCAGCUUAAAGACAUCAUUCCUGUCGAGAUGCAGCGACUCACCAAGUACCCUCUGCUCCUAGAGAACAUCUCCAAGUACACAGACAACACGGUGGAGAAGGACAAAGUGAAGCAGGCGGCCGACUGCUGCAGGAGGAUCCUAAAUCACGUCAACCAGGCUGUGAAGGAAUCUGAGGACAAGCAGAGGCUGGAGGACUAUCAGAGACGACUGGAUCUGUCCUCUCUGAAGCAGACAGAUAACCCUGUGAUCCUGGAGCUAAAGAACCUGGAUCUUACCAAGAGAACAAUGGUGCACGAGGGACCUCUGUCAUGGAAAGUGAACAAGGACAAGACUAUCGAGUUGUACACGCUCCUCCUGGAGGACAUCCUGGUCCUGCUGCAGAAACAAGAUGAGCGUCUGAUCCUGAAGUGUCACAGCAAAAACCUGGCAGGCACCGCAGAUACCAAACAUAUCUUCAGCCCCAUCAUCAAACUCAACACAGUGCUGGUGCGCUCUGUGGCCACAGACAACAAGUCCUUUUUCGUCCUGUCCAUGUCCGACAACGGGGCCCAGAUCUACGAGCUGAUGGCGCCCACAGUCGCAGAUCAGAUAACGUGGCAGCGUCUAAUCAUCCAGAGGGCGGAGGCCAUGAAAGUCAAACCUCACAGCAUCAUCCCGUUACCUCAGAGCGACGGGGAGAGAGACGACGUGGAGAUCAUUACCGCGGGUGUUUCCAGGCUGAGUCGAGACGCAGACCGCACAUCCACCGGCAGCACCCAGUCAACAGAUAAAGAGAGCAGUCCGGCCCCGAGAAGCGCAUUGCCGAUCUCUCUACCUGGUAAUAAUCCAUUCGAGAUGACAAAGGCUGAGGAAGAGGAGCAGGAGGAGGAAGGCUUUGUGGAUCCGGAGCUUCCUUACCGAGCGGCUGACGGCAGAGAAGGAGACUCGUUUAACGUGUAUCCCUCUAGAGCAGACGAAGCACUGAAAACACUGGCAGCAUUAAAGCAGGUGUUGGUGACCCAGCUGAUGUCCCAGGAGGCUGCAGAGCAAAGCAAACGUUCCACAGGGGCUCGUCUCCUCAGGACCACGUCUCUGCGGACACCCAUCGACAGCCGCGCACGAGUGAUGGUCCACAACGGCUCCGAGAAGAGCAGCUCUCACACGGAGGACCCGGCUCAGGACCUGGGCUCUGGAGACACGGGCUUCUUCGACUCUCCUGACGAUUAUGCAGGAUACUUAGUCCUGGAGGGCUACGGUGGCCCGGGGGAGAGCAGCACAGAUGACGACAUCUUGGCAUCAACCACAGGGAAGCAGCUGAGAACCUCACAAGGCUGCGCCACGGACUCCGGCAUCAACUUGAGGUUUUCCUCGGCGUCUCAGGCCGGCAGCCUCUCCUCUGUCAGCAGACAAGUCCUGUCUCACCUCAGAAGCCUUCAGUCCAACCUGAGCUAUCUGAAGGACGUUGAGGCCAAGUACAAUAAUCUAAUACGCCGAAGGCCUGAAAGGUCCUCAUCAGACAUGGACGGAAACAAAGAUAAGAGAUAGUGGAAGUCCACGCCACGGCUUCUGGCUCUGGUCCCAAAGAGGAAGUCCCGACCCGUCGUCUGUUCUUACUUCUCGUGUCCUGGACUUUCUGGACCUCCUAUAAGCUUGUCCUCUCACUGCUGAGUCCCCCUCUUUUCCUUUCCAUCGCCGCCGCCCGCGGCCGCCACUGAGAAUGAGAGACUGAGAGUGUGAGCAGAACCGUGGUGUCAUUAGCGACGCCGCACCCCCAACCCUUCUCUCCCCUCCAUCAGCACAAGGCAAUCAGGGAAGUGGGAUUGCCCCAGAACCUCACCCCUCGACCAUCUAACACCCAUUUCCCCCCCGAACUCCCUGCAAGAAAGAGAACUUAUACCAAAAUGUACAAAGAUGUGUGUUUAGAAUAUAUAUAUAUGAAACACAAAACAAGAAAAGGAAAAUUUUAAGAUAAUGUAUUAAGAUUUUUUUUAUCCCAAGAUGUAUUUAUUUUCUUUCUUUUAAUUUUUUUCGUUUUUUU